UCAGUGACCGCUUGCUGUGCUCGCUGUAGUGUCUGCAUUACUGGCCAGGCACAGCGCCGCACUGGGCACAGAGAGGAACUUGGCAGACACUUCUUCCUUUAUUUUGGAGAUUUCCCCCACCCUCAAUACUAAAAAGAAACUUCCUGGUCUUGGAUUAAACUUCUGGCCGAGCCCUGGGGUGAGGAGUCUGCGAAUGCCACCAGUUCCAGAGUACAUUUCCUGGAUUGUUCAGUGACUGUGCGUUAAGCAGUUCUGCAAUGAGGUCACUGCUCACAGCUUGUGAUGUCAAACCGUGACGAUGGAAUCCGAAACCAAUAGAAAUCAGUCCUACAUUAAUUUGAUUAGGACAAGCCGGGAAUUGCUGGUUGAAAAGAUCAAGAACACCCAGUGUUUGCUUCAUAACUUGAUUAAAAAUGGAGUAUUUUCAACGGAAGAUGAAGAAAUUGUGCUACAAUUUCGCACAAGAGCAGAUAUGGUUCGUCAGAUUCUGGAUUUGGUGGAAAGUAAAGGAGAAGAAGCUUCAGAAUAUUUGAUCAGCGUCAUCCAGCGAAUACCGGAGGCAUAUUAUCCUCUGCAGCCGUGGCUGAAAGAUAUAGGCUUUCAAGCUUCAGAUAAAAUACAAAAUGUACAGGUUAUCAACACAGACCCAGUUACAAGCUACAGCAAGAAGCUCAAACAGGAGUUGCGUAGAGAUUGCAAGAUCAUCAUGUCUUACAGCCAGAAGGAAGAGAUGAUGCUCCAGGAAACCUAUGUUAAUGGAGUUAUGGAGCUCCUAAAUAUCUCACAGGAAACCAUCGGAAAUGUGGUAGACCUUACUCGUCUCUUUGACGACAAUGGUGUGAUCAACGAAGAAGGAGAGACUAUCUUCAUUUUUGGUGAUGCCGGCAUGGGGAAGUCCCUCUUGUUACAAAAAAUUCAAAACAUGUGGGCUAAAGAAGAAUCCUACACUGAUAUUAAAUUCUUGUUUAGGUUUAGAUGUCGUAUAUUUAGCUUUUUUAAAGCAAAUGUCAGUAUAUCUCUGAAGGACCUCCUCUUCAGAUAUAACUGCAACCCGGAUCAUGAACCUGAAGAUGUAUAUGAGUACAUACUUAAUUUUCCAGAGACAGUGUUGUUCACCUUUGAUGGCUUUGAUGAGAUACGUUCUGAUUUUGAUAUAAAUAGUAUUCCUGAAGUUCCUUCUCCCAGUGACCCUGCCCAUCCUGUUGCCUUGCUCACCCACCUCCUCAGUGGGAGGUUACUGAAAGGAUCUAAGAAAAUUUUGACGGGAAGAACUGGAUGUCAAGUCCCGGGAAAUAUGAUCCGCAAGAAAAUCAUGUUAAAAGGUUUUUCUACAAGUAACUUGCUGGAAUAUGCUAAUUUAUUCUUCAAAGAACCUGAUAUUAAAAAACAUGUGUUUACGCACCUCAAUGCAAAUCACAACUUCAGCAGCUUGUGUACAAUACCCUUGUUUUGCUGGAUUAUAUUUAAGUCCUAUGCACAUUUUUAUUCUAUGAACGACAGCCACUGUUUUUCAAAAUCCAUCUCUCUAUCCAUCAGCUCUGUCACUCUAACAGACAUCUUUCUAGUUCUGGUCGAAGUUUACCUUUCCCUGAUGAGUAGAGAGACCAACAGAAGCCAAGUGGAGACAUACAAGAGCUGCAGAGAUACUUUGUUGUCAGUUGGAAGACUUGCCUACAAUGGAAUAGAACAGUCGAUGUUUGUUUUUGAACAGGAGACCGUAACAUCUCUAAAAGUACCAGAAAGAGACCUCAAGUUAGGUUUCCUUAGAACAGUCGAAGAAUGUGGUGAACUUGGUGAUGAUUCCUCUUACGAAUUCUUUCAUGUAACACUGCAGUCUUUCUUUACAGCACUUUUUCUUGUAAUAGAUGACCAAACGGGUACUACGGAACUCCUGAAAUAUUUUUCCGAGUGCACCCACUCGAAGGACAUGGAACAUAACCACUCGCUUUUGUCUUGUGUAUGUUCAAAAAAAGCCAACCAGGGGGAUCCGUUCAAAAAUAACGACCACCUUCAGUUCAUCAAUCUUUUCCUUUGUGGUUUGCUGUCAAAACCAAAGCAAGGACUUCUAGCAAAUUUGGUCCCCUCCUCCACUCUGAAACUUAAGAGGAAGGCACUCAAGCAGAAACUUGUCCAGUGUGUGAGAUCUCACUUGAAAAGUCUGCCCCGUUCUUCUUUUAUGGGAUAUAGCCGUGUCCACGCACUUACUCACUUUAUUUGGAUGGCACGGUGUAUAUUAGAGACACAGAGUGAGAAAGUGGGGAAGCUUGCAGCCAAAGGAAUUUGUGCAGACUAUAUUAAGCUUAGUUUCUGUGGUGCUUCUUCCUCUGAUUGUGGAGCCAUCUCCUUUUUAUUGAACCAUUAUAAAGACAAACUUGCUCUGGAGCUGGACAAUAACAAUAUCAAUGAUUAUGGGGUGAGGGAGCUGUCACCCUCCUUUUGCAGGCUUUCUGUGAUAAGGCUCAGUGUUAAUCAGAUUACUGAUGAAGGAGCAAGAGUUUUGUCUGAAGAACUUACUAAACAUAAGAUUGUCACCUUCCUUGGGUUAUACAAGAAUUUAAUAACAGAUUUCGGUGCUAAAUACAUCUCGAGAAUCAUUAUAGAAUGUCCGAAUCUGAAGAAUAUAAAACUAGGUUACAACAAAUUUACAGGUGUGGGAGGUGCCCACCUUGCAGAGGCUAUUGGACAGAGCAGCAGCAUAUGUGACGUUGGGAUGUGGGGAAAUCAGAUUGGAGAUGAAGGAGCUGAGGCAUUUGCGAAGGCAAUGAGGAAUCAUCCCAGCAUGUCCGAGCUAAGUCUUGCGUGUAAUCAAAUUACCUCAAGUGGAGGCAAAAGUAUUGCAGAAGCAUUGCGAGACAAUACAAACCUGAAAAUAUUGUGGUUGACUGAAAACAAAUUAACAGAUGAGGCAGCAGAAAGCUUUGCUGAAAUGCUGAUGGUUAAUAAGACUCUUCGCCAUUUGUGGCUUGUCAAUAACGCCAUUACAAAUGAGGGAGCCAAUCUUUUGUCUAAGGCCAUUGAGCAUAAUACUGUUAUCGAAGAGAUUUGUUUACAAGGCAACCCACUUACCCAAGAUACCGAUCACCCUUUACAAACCAGCAGCCGAAUCUUUUGUCAAUGAGUUCAUGUUGGUUGAAGUUUGACAUAUAGGAAUUUGGAGAAGAGAGACAUCUUGCAUUGUCUGCUGUAUUCAUAAACUCAUCAGUGAUGGGUAACGGCAAGCUCUGAGGACAAUCGUGAGUGCAUAACACUAGCUACAUCCCGAGGACUGGCAUUUCUUCCAAACAGCACAACAGACAGUAAUUCUAAUUAGGCACAUUUUAUAUUAGAAACGACAAAUACCUAUGUGGAAGCCGGUUUGGCAACCUUACAUGAUGUAAAUUUGUGAGAAUACCCUUUUUUGACAAUUGAAGAUGCACAUAGUGGACUUUUUGCUAGCUGUAUAAAUUGUGAAAUCAUUAAACUAUAAAGAUGCAAGCUGUAAAUACUUAAAGGGACAAAACGUGCAGAUUUCAGUAGAAGCAUUUGUAAAUGAGUCUUGUUAUCUGUUAAUGAGAGCACUGGUUCUGCAACUUCCUGGUUUGGUUUCGUUAGUUCAGUGGAACUAAACUUAAGAGACAGCAAUUGCUCAAAGCACCUGCCUCGCAAAGACUUCUCACUGAGCUGCAUUGGGAGGUCUGUAAUUGGACAGCCACAGAACGUCUGGGCGGGGUUAGAAGAGGAGGGCUUGCAAAGGCUGCUGACAAGAGAUC